GUCAGGGGUCAAGAGAGGCACAGCCUCCCUAGGCCGGGCCGGGCCGGGCCAGGCCGGUGCUGGUGGGCUGUACGAUGGCCUCGGAGCGCCCGGAGCCGGAGGUGGAAGAAGCUGGGCAGGUGUUCCUGCUGAUGAAAAAAGAUUAUCGAAUCUCCCGAAAUGUCCGCCUGGCUUGGUUUCUCAAUCAUCUGCAUCAAACUGUUCAGGCCACACCCCAGGAGUUGCUGCUUCAGUCGGAACAGGAGUUGGAAGUCCUCAGUGUCCUUCCCCCUGGGUGGCAGCCAGAUGAACCAGUGGUCCCAAGGCCGUUUCUUCUGGUACCUUCCACCCAGGUUACCUUCCUGGCUUGGCAGUAUCGCUUUGUUAUUGAGCUGGACCUUAGCCCAUCUACUAGCAUUGUGGAUGAUUCCACAGGAGAGAUCCUGUUUGAUGAAGUUUUCCAUGCCCUGUCGCGCUGUCUAGGAGGGCUGCUUCAGCCCUUUCAAGUGCCUGGAUCUUGCAUUGACUUCCAGCCUGAGAUCUACGUAACGAUACAGGCCUAUUCUUCAAUCAUUGGCCUGCAGUCCCACCAGGUGUUGGUGCAGGGCUGCCUCUUGGACCCUUCCCAGCGGGAGGCAUUCCUGCAACAGGUGUAUGAGCAGCUCUGCCUCUUCGAGGAUAAGGUGGCUACCAUGCUGCAGCAACAGUACGAUCCCCAGAGCCAGGGCCAGGCAGAAGACCAGUCCUCAGACUCUGGGGAGCCCUUGGGCCGGAAGGUGGGAGUCUCCAUGGUGACAGCUGAUCUUGGGCUGGUCAGUAUGAUUCGUCAGGGUAUCUUGGCACUGCAGUUACUGCCUUCUAACUCUAGUGCAGGUAUCAUUGUGAUUACUGAUGGGGUGACCAGUGUCCCUGAUGUUGCUGUCUGUGAGACACUACUGAACCAGCUUCGCAGUGGCACUGUGGCCUGUUCCUUUGUGCAGGUAGGAGGGGUUUACUCUUAUGACUGCAGUUUUGGCCACGUGCCCAAUGUGGAAUUGAUGAAGUUCAUUGCGAUGGCGACAUUUGGUUCCUACUUGUCCACUUGUCCUGAACCUGGGCCAGGCAACCUGGGUUUGACUGUCUACCACCGAGCGUUUCUGUUCUAUUCAUUCCUGCGCAGUGGGGAAGCACUGAACCCUGAAUAUUACUGUGGCUCUCAGCACCGCUUGUUUAAUGAGCACUUAGUUUCUGCAAGCAGCAACCCAGCCCUGGCCUUGCGCCGGAAGAAGCACACAGAGAAGGAGGUGCCAGCUGACUUGAUCAGCACUGUGUCUGUACGCCUGCGAGAGGGCUACAGUGUCCGAGAAAUUACACUGGCCAAAGGAGGGUCCCAACUGGAGGUGAAGCUGGUGCUGCUUUGGAAACACAACAUGCGCAUUGAAUAUGUGGCUGUGGCACCCUGGCCCCUGGAGCCUGAGGGCCCUCAAGGAACACGGGUGGAAGUGACAAUGGAAGGUGGCUAUGACAUUUUGCACGAUGUAUCCUGUACACUAAGGCAACCCAUUCGCUCACUGUAUCGCACCCAUGUUAUCCGCCGUUUCUGGAACACAUUACAGAGCAUUAACCAGACAGACCAGAUGCUAGCCCACCUUCAGUCUUUCUCUUCGGUCCCAGAACAUUUCACCCUUCCGGACAGCACUAAGAGUGGAGUGCCACUCUUCUACAUCCCUCCAGGCUCUACCACCCCGGUGCUCUCCCUUCAGCCCAGUGGUUCUGACUCAUCCCAUGCCCAGUUUGCUGCCUAUUGGAAGCCAGUGCUAUCCAUGGAUGCUAAUUCAUGGCAGCGGUGGCUGCACAUGCAUCGCCUGGUGCUAAUUCUGGAGCAUGACAUACCAGUCCCCAAGCACCUGCACACCCCGGGCAGCAAUGGACGCUACAGCACUAUCCAGUGCAGGAUCUCGCACUCCUCGCUGACCUCUUUGCUUCGUGAUUGGAGCAGUUUUGUGCUGGUUGAGGGCUAUUCUUAUGUCAAGUUGCUCUCCAGUGCCCCAGACCAACCUCCUUCCUCCUUCUACAUGGUCCGCAUCAUUUCCAAGGCCCCGUGCAUGGUUCUUCGCUUGGGUUUUCCCAUUGGCACGCCAGCCCAGGCCCGGCACAAGAUCGUGUCAGACUUGCGGGAAGAGAUCCUACGCCUUCGUUUUCCCCAUCGGGUGCAAAGUAAAGAGCCUACACCAAAAGUUAAACGUAAAGGGCUGGGGGGUGUUGGUGGAGGCAAUUCUCCCUCCAAGUCACCCCCCAUGCUGGGACCACAGCAGGCCUUGUCAGACCGGCCCUGCCUUGUGGUCCUCCAUAAGCCACUGGACAAGCUCCUCAUUAGGUAUGAGAAGUUACCUCUGGACUACCGAGCACCCUUCUUGCUGACCCUGGAGCCACCAGGGCCAUUGCCUUUGGUGUCAGGCCGCUCUGCCUCAUCUAGUCUAGCAUCACUGUCACGCUACCUCUACCACCAGCGCUGGCUGUGGAGUGUCCCAUCAGGCCUGGCCCCGACGCUGCCACUCAGUGCCAUCGCCCAGCUCCUCUCUGUCCUGACUGAAGUUCGACUUUCUGAAGGGUUCCAUUUUGCCUGCAGUGGGGAAGGAAUCAUCAACAUGGUUCUGGAGCUUCCAAUUCAGAAUGAGCCACUGGGGCAGGCUACUGCUGAAGAGAAGCACACGUGUGUCGUCCAGUACAUUCUCUUCCCUCCUCACUCUACCUCCACCAAAGACAGCUUCUCAACAGAUGAUGACAAUGAUGUGGAGGUAGAGGCCCUGGAGGGGGACUCUGAGCUCAAUCUGGUCACUGAGGUAUGGGUGGAGCCACAGUACGGGCGAGUGGGACCUGGUCCUGAAAGCUGGAAGCACCUACAGAACUUGACAUACUCUGAAAUCCCUCAAGCUCUCCACCCAAGGGAUGCUGCCUGUAUAGGUUCCAUGCUGAGUUUUGAAUACCUGAUACAACUAUGCCAGAGCAAGGAAUGGGGUCCUCUGCCCCCAGAGCCCCGAGUCUCAGAUGGACUGGAUCAGGGAGGAGACACCUGUGUCUAUGAGAUCCCUUUUCACUUUGACCUACUAGGAUUGCUGCCACAGUGCCAACAGCUACAGAUGUUCUUCCUUCUGCUGUCCAGAGAGCCAGAGGGUGUCCCUCUCACCGAGGGGCCCUGUGCCACCAACGACAUGGUGCUGUGCCUGCUGCACAGCUGCCUGGGACAGGAGCUGAGUGACCGGGAGAUCCCACUGACCCCUGCUGACCAGGCUGCCUUCUUGAGUGAAGCAUUGCGACGGACCUGCUAUGAUCCAGGUACAGAGGGUCCACCUGCUGGGGGUGAUGGGAUCCUGAAGGAUCAAGUAGUUGAAAGCACCCAGACUACUGGAGACCCAGCCCUUCCUUCCUUGAGUAUGGGUCUUGAAACUUUAAGGCCUCUCAUCUCUUCCCAGCCCCCUCAGUGGCGCUGCUAUGCAAGGCUGGUGACCCCACAGCAUAUGUUUCUGACUUUUCUCCCAGCUACUUUCUCAGAUGUUCAACGUCUGGCUGCUUGUGGCCUGGAGGGACCCUUUCAAGAGGAAGCAAAGCCUAAGUUUGGGGAUUGGAGUGGAGCCCCCAACCUGAAAGAUAUGGAAGAAACUGGGACCAAGGCUACAAAGCCACAAGUCCCUAUUCUCAGUAUAACCCCAGUUGGUGACAGUGCCUGUGAUCAAGGCGAGCAAAAUCUACUUUUCCGUCGGGACUUACAGGCUUGUACUGGGCGUCAGGCUUCCCAGACAGAGGGUACAGAUGGACUACGGACCCGGUGUCCUGUCUACAUCUAUAGCUGUUCACUGGAAGCACUGAGGGAGCAAAUGGUUGGCGUACAGCCCCCGCAGGCACCUCGAGACCUCAUUUUUAGGACUCAGUUCCUAGACCAUCCCUCAGCUUCCUCAGUGUGGAUGGAGCCCAGAUAUAAAGAGGCAGCCACCCAUUGUACCUUGCUGCAGGAGCAUGCACAGCGAUGCUAUGUUCGUGGGCUGUUUCGGAGCUUGCAGCAGGCACAGAGUGUGACUUGCCAGGAUUUGCUGACAGCGGUGGAUGCCUGUGAGGAGCUACUACAAGAAAUAGACAUCACCUCUUUCUUGCUUGCACUGUGUGGCCAUACUUGGGGUUUGCCUCAUGCACCCCCAAGCCCUGGUCCUCUAAGCCCAGGACCCUUCAGCAGCAGCAUUGAGGAGGGCCCAGAGCCUCGGGAACGAGCUGUCUUAGCUUCUGAGUCCAGUAUAGAGACAGAGGACCUAAGUGAGCCUGAGUUUCAGAGCACCCGUGUCCCUGGUAAUUCAGACCCUGGCCCAGAGAUCUCUCUGACAGAUGUCUGCCAACUCAGAGGGGAGGCACAUGAUGCCCUUCAUAGCCUCAUCCAGGAGAAGUUCCUAGAGAUCAGUCAUCUCCACUUCCGCACAGUACCCUCCAAUCCCCACUACUUCUUCUACUGCCCUCCAUCCAGUAGGCGAGAGGAUGAGGGUCCCCGGGACACAGUAGACAGGAAAGUCAGUGACCUUGAGUUUUCAGAGGCUGAGAUCAUGGGAGAAGAAGGAUAUACAUCUGCCUGUUGUGUGGUCACUGAGAGUGACCCAGAGCUGGAAGUGGAAUACCGUGAGACCCGUGAACCCAACCUGGGGCUUGCUGGGCUAGACUCUGCCUCGCUGUCAGAUGCAGACACUGUUAAUCCUGACGAAGACUCCUUCAGUAUCUUGGGAGGCGAUUCACCCACUGGGCCUGAGAGCCUCAUGCAUGACCUGCCACCCCUCUUCCUACACCUUACAUGCUCUGUGCGACUGCGUGGGCAGCACAGCUCGGUACCUGUGUGCAGCCUGCCCACCUGCCUGAGCCAGGUGCUUUCCAGUCUGGAAGGACCCCCAAUUGGAGGCCGAGUUCCCCUAAGGGACCUCAGUAUCACUCUGGAUGUCUUUGUGCUGACUUUGCCACUAGAAGUGGAGCUCCCUCCAGCCUCGGACCCACAGCACCAUCGGUCAACAUCUGAGAGCAGUGCUUCAUUCCCACGGUCCCCAGGGCAACCGUCCUCCUUAAGAUCAGAUGAUGGCCUGGGACCCCCGCUGCCACCCCCAGAAGAGGAGAGGCACUCAGGACUAUCCAAUUUAACCACACCCCACAGACUGGCUAUUGAAACCACCAUGAGUGAGAUCCGCUGGUUGUUAGAAGAUGAGAUGGUGGGGGCACUCCGAAGAGGGGGAAUUCCCCAGAGCCCUGCCCUGCAUCGAGCAGCUGCCCAUAUCCAUAGCUCUCCUGGGCGCUCCACCUGCCUUCGACAGACCCUUCCACUGAGUUUUGUGUUUGGGCCAGAGCGCUCCCUCACACAAUUCAAGGAGGAGUUCCGCCGCCUCUACCUCCCUGGCCAUAUUCUCCUUGAGGACCCUGACAGUGGCUUCUUCUUUGUGGCAGUUGGCCAGCAGCCAAGCGGGCCCCAAGGGGAGACCCCUUCAGAGGCCUGGGCUUGGCACGGCCAUGAGGACAGGGCUGAAAGUGGUGAAGGAGAGGCCGUGACAGCCAGCCCCCAUACCCUUGGCUCCCCAGAGGAUUCUGAGUGCACCCCCGUCAUCAGCCUGCCUAGCCUACCACAGGAAGAACUUUCCCUUAUCUGUUCAGGGAGCCAACCUGGGCCCAGCCGGGGACUAAGCCUCAUGUCCAGUCAAGGCAGUGUGGACUCAGAUCACCUAGGUUAUGAUGGUGGAAGCAGUGGCUCUGACAGUGAAGAGCCCCAUGAUACUCUUGGUGAGAAGGCUUCCUUCACAUUGCGGACUCCACCUGGGCCAGCACCUCCUCAGCCUUCAUUCUCAGGCCUCCCUGGGCCUUGCCUGCCUGACUUCUGGCUUAUUGCUCGAGUCCUGCAAGAUCGUGUGGAAGUGUAUGCACAUGCACGGAGCCUGAUUCGGGAGGAUGGAGGGCCUGGCACUGAGUGUCGCCACCUGCAGCAGCUCCUGGUGAGGCGAGUUGGGGAGAUCUGCAGGGAGGUCAACCAGCGAUUGCUCCUUCAGGACCUGCAUGACAGUCAUGUGUGUAACUCCCUUCUGGUGGCAGAGAGUGAAGAAGAUCUGUGGCGUAGCGAGACACCCUUCCACUCGCGCCAGCGGGCACUGCUACCUAGUGAUGAUUAUGCUGCUGAUGAGAGCUGUGCACCCCGAGGGUAUCUGGCAGCCACCAUGCAGUUUGUCCCUGGCCAUUUCUCCUGUGAUGUUGUAUGGGGAACAGUGAUCCGAGUCCAUUCACGCCUCAAGAUGGGGCCCAGUAUGGGGGUCUCUCGUGCCAUACAGGCCCUGCGCUCUGUGCUCAAUGCCUUUUCUGUGGUGAACCGGAAGAAUAUGUUUGUUUAUCAGGAGCGAGCAACCAAGGCUGUAUACUAUCUUCGGCUCCUGGAGACAUCUUGCAGUGACCGGCCAUGGGAAGGGGAUACCCUGCCCCCUUCCCUAGCUCUGUCCCGGAGCCAGGAGCCUAUCUACUCUGAGGAAGCCUUGGGUCCUCGUUCUCCAAUGGACAUGGCUUCCAGCCGUAGUUCAGAUACUGCUCGCCCCGUGGGCCAAGUGGACAGGCAUAUCCAGCUGCUGGUACACGGUGUAGGGCAGGCAGGCCCUGAGAUCACAGAUGAGCUGGUGCGGGUCCUGCGUCGACGCCUGGAUGAGGCCACGCUGGAUGUCAUCACAGUCAUGCUGGUCCGGAACUGCAAGCUGACACCAGCUGAUGUGGAGUUCAUCCAGCCUCCUGGAAGUCUCCCCUCAGAAGUGCUACAUCUGGCCCUGCCCUGCUCCUGCAGGCCCUGGCUUCCUGCCCUGGCCUGGUACCUGAGGCAAAAUCUGCUCAUCUUCCUGCACUCUCCAAAGUACACAGACAGCAACAGCCGGAACCACUUCAAACAUCCACUCCCACCACAAGGUGGCCUUCCUGACUUGGACAUCUACUUGUAUAACAAGCCUGGUGGACAGGGCACUGGAGGCAAAGGAGUCGCCUGUAUCACUCUAGCCUUUGUGGAUGAUGCAGGAGCACCCAUUUCACUGGCAUUGUGGCCCCCAUCUUCCCCGGGACCCCUAGACUCACUGCAAGAAGAAGAAUUUGAGCAACUGACUCAGGUCAUCCGCUGCCCAGUCACAACGGACAGUUCUUCAGCUCUGAAUGGGGCCCCACAGCUUCGCCUGGAUGUGUGGGAAAAGGGGAACAUUAGCAUAGUGCAGCUGGAGGAGAAGCUGCGGGGAGCAGCUCGCCAGGCCUUGGCUGAUGCCCUCAUGGAGCUGCAGUUAUUGCCAGCUUCACUGUGUAUAGAGGACACACCCCCAGGAAGUCUCAGCAGUGGAUCAUUGGAAACCAAGAGUUCUGCAAGCCGAGCCAGCACUUUUCCUUCUGGUUCUGGGGAGCCUGUGACUCCACCCAGCAAAGCGGGCCGGCGUAGUUUCUGGGAUAUGCUGAGUAAAACAGAAUGUGGAGACUUGGGUUCUCCCAAAACAACUGAUGACAUUGUCCUGGAUCGGCCUGAAGACACUCGGGGUCGCAGGCGACAUAAAACUGAAAAUGUUCGGACACCAGGUGGAACUGAGCGAGCAUCAGGCCCAGAUUCCGGAGCCCAAAGACAAAGACGCCGGACAACACAGCUAGAAGAGGGUGAGGUGGGGACCCUGCACCCUGUGUUUGCUCGUAUCAUUCAACGCUGGAUGGGGUUUAUGGUUCAGAUUGGUUGUGCCUCGGUGUCCAGAAGCUCCACCCACAUGGUGUCCCGGUUCCUUCUUCCAUCCAUCUUGUCUGAGUUUACCACUCUAGUCAGCUCCAUGGCUGGAGACACCAGUGUCCGUGUCUUUGAGCAGCAUUUGGGUUCAGAAGCAGAGAUCUUCAGUCCUUGCACCCCUGGGCAGUUGGGCCCAGCUCCUCGCCCAGCAACUGAGCGACACCUCCUGCUUCUGGGAAGGAACUUCAUGCAGUGGAGGAAACCAACCCAACAGGCUGCCAAAGCCCUGCAGCGCUUUGAGUCAGGAGGUGAUGGGAGCUCAGGACGAAAUGCUCCCCGGCAGAGGCUCCUGCUGCUAGAGGUCGUGGACAAAAAGCUACAGCUGCUGACCUACAACUGGGCUCCAGACCUGGGGGUGGCCUUGGGCCGAGCACUGGUUCGCCUCGUGCAGUGGCAGAACGCACGGGCACAUCUCAUCUUCUGCCUGCUCAGUCAGAAGCUGGGGCUGUUCCAUCAUUAUGGCCAGUUGGACUUCCCUGUGCGUGAUGAAAAGGAGCCAAACCCAUUUCUGCUGCCGACCAUGGAAGUGGAGACCCUCAUCCGGAGUGCAAGUCCCCCACUGAGCCGUGAGCAGGGCCGGCUGAGUGGGUCCUCUCGUGGUGGGGGUCCCCUUUCCCUGGACACAUUUCCCUUUGAUGAGGCCCUGAGAGACAUCACUGCUGCCCGCCCCAGCUCCACAGUUGGUCCUGUACCCAGACCUCCAGACCCUGUCACAUACCAUGGACAACAGUUUCUGGAAAUCAAGAUGACAGAGCGCAGAGAGCUGGAGCGCCAGUUGAAGAUGGAGAACCUGUUUGUGACCUGGCAGCAGCGUUCUGCCCCCGCCAGCAUGCCAAUCAGUGCUGGGGAGCUGGAGACCCUGAAGCAGUCAUCUCGCCUGGUCCAUUACUGUGCAACAGCCCUGCUCUUUGACCCAGCUGCCUGGCUGCAUGGACCCCCAGAGUCUUCUGGGCCCCCUGAAGGGCAGCGGCGCCAUCGCCCAGAGUCAGGUUCUGGGAACCGAGAGGCCCCUGAAUCCUUGGAUGUGCCUCUACCAGGAGCCCGGGAGGAGCCAUGGCUGAAGGAGCUAAGCGUAGCCUUCAUGCAGCAAUAUGUACAGUAUCUACAGAGCAUCGGCUUCGCACUGGUACCACUGCGGCCCCCCUCACCCUCCCGCAGCACCAGCCGCCUGCGGGCCAUGGCUAUUCUUGGAACAGAGGGCCGAAGUUCCUUCUCUUGCCCGAAAACCAAGACUGAGGGGAGCCCUAAGAGCACUAGUGCUCCUGUUACCACUUACCACCUGCAGCGGGCACUGCCUGGGGGCAUCAUCCUCAUGGAGCUGACUUUCCAGGGCUGCUACUUCUGUGUCAAACAGUUUGCUCUGGAAUGUUCCAGAAUCCCAAUGGGGCAGGCUGUCAACUCUCAGCUAUCCAUGCUGUUCACAGAGGAGUGUGACAAGGUGCGGGACCUGAUGCAUGUGCACUCCUUCAGCUAUGACUUCCACCUGCGCCUAGUGCACCAGCAUGUGCUGGGCACCCACCUGGUACUGCGGCACGGCUACCACCUCACUACCUUCCUGAGACACUUCCUGGCCCACCACCCUGAUGGACCCCACUUUGGCCGCAAUCACAUUUACCAAGGGACACUGGAGCUCCCCACACCACUCAUUGCUGCCCACCAACUAUACAACUAUGUGGCUGACCAUGCCAGCUCUUACCACAUGAAGCCACUGCGCAUGGCCCGGCCAGGGGGCCCAGAACAUAAUGAGUAUGCCCUGGUAUCUGCAUGGCACAGCUCUGGCUCCUACUUGGACUCAGAGGGACUUCGCCAUCAGGAUGACUUCGAUGUAUCACUGCUGGUCUGUCACUGUGCUGCACCCUUUGAGGAGCAAGGAGAGGCUGAGCGGCAUGUUUUACGGCUACAGUUCUUCGUGGUGCUCACCAGCCAACGAGAACUGUUCCCCAGACUCACUGCUGACAUGCGCAGGUUCCGAAAGCCACCCAGACUACCCCCUGAGCCAGAGGCUCCUGGGAGUGCAACCAGCACCCCUGGGGAGGCCUCGGGGCUUAUCCCAGCCCCUGGGCCAGCUCCUCUGUUCCCACCACUGGCCGCAGAGGUGGGCAUGGCACGGGCACGGCUGGCUCAGCUUGUCCGGCUGGCUGGUGGUCACUGCCGUCGGGACACCCUCUGGAAGCGCCUCUUCUUGCUGGAGCCACCAGGGCCUGACAGGCUGAGGCUAGGGGGACGCCUAGCCCUGGCAGAGUUGGAGGAGCUCUUGGAAGCAGUCCAUGCCAAAUCCAUUGGGGACAUUGACCCUCAGUUGGACUGCUUCCUGUCUAUGACAGUCUCCUGGUACCAGAGCCUGAUCAAAGUUCUCCUAAGCCGCUUCCCCCAGAGCUGCCGCCAUUUCCAGAGCCCAGACUUGGGAACUCAGUACCUGGUUGUACUGAAUCAGAAGUUCACCGACUGUUUUGUGCUAGUGUUUCUGGACUCCCACUUGGGAAAGACGUCUCUGACGGUGGUUUUCAGAGAGCCCUUCCCAGUUCAGCCCCAGGACAGUGACAGCCCCCCUGCCCAGCUGGUGUCCACCUACCACCACUUGGAGUCCGUCAUCAACACAGCAUGUUUCACCCUUUGGACCCGCCUCCUCUGAGGAAGUGACCACUGAGUCACUAUUCGCCAAAGCAUGGAUCUAUAAGAUUGUCUAUCUGAGGCAGGAUUGAUCAGCUCUUCUGGGGCACAGGGUAAACUCGGGCACUAAGUGACACCCCAACGAUUUGUGAAUGUCUGAGAUUCACUGCUGGAGCCUGCCCUCCCAGAACACUCAUAACAACUUACUAGCCAGGACUCUAGAGUUGGGUCAACUCCCAAAGUGCCCAUUCCCUCUCAGGCCCUUGGGCCCUUCCAGAGUAGAUUACUCUUUCCUCUCAUCCUAGUGGGAUCCAGAGAGUUCUCUGAAUCAAGUCGCAAGCAUUCAUCCGUUAAAAGCUCAGCCUGAAUCCUGCCUCACAGUAUUUGGUCACUGCUAGCCACCUGCUCUCAGUUGGCCGUCUAGUCUUUAUUUCCACUUGGACAUCACUGCUGGACAUUGCCAUCGUCAUAAGACACCGUGGUUCCAAUCCUAGCUUUGCCAUUGAAGCACCUGAGCACAGUGUCAGGUCCUUGUACUCUUGGACCCUUGGUUCUUCUCCUGUAAACAAGGAGGACUCAAUUCUCUGGUCUCCACAGGAGUCCUGGCACUGGCUGGAGGAUCUGAGCAUAAGCUAUGUGUUCCUUCUCAAUGGGAGGAAAGCAACCCAGAGACACUGAAGCAUUAGACACUGUGUGUCCUCUAUCCCAAUAACAUACACAUAUGAAAAUGCU